AUGUCAGAACGCAAGCGUCAGCGGCUCGACGACGAUGCUCAUCGUCUAGAGGCUUGUGCAGAUGAUCUUCGUCAAAUUGGCUCCUCCAUUGGGUCUCUUCUGAUACGGAAGAAACUGGCACGUGUAUCAGUUCCUUUGCGAACCUCAAACUCCCCUAUAAAGCCGCGUAAAACGUUGUCAAAGACCGUGUCUCCAUCAUCCCAGUCCCUUUACUCAGUGAUCUCUAGAUCCGCCUAUGCUGCUAAGAGAAGCGAUGCAAACAACCAAGAAACAUGGCAGAUAAUGCUGCAUCGUCUAUCGCAGGAGAUCUUGGAGAAAAUGGGGUCAAGGGACGCAUUAGAGCGAUGCGAACGCCUGACGCGACGAUUUGAAGCUCUGUCUGACUCGGUUCGGCUUUGUCAGGAGAAGCUGCGCCAGACGGGGGAUGAAGUGGCGCUGCAGGAUCGAGUAGAAAGACAGCUGGCGCAGGAGGAGGCAGCCUGGGAACAGCAGAUGCAGAUCAGAGAGGAGCGCGUAGCGGCACGGGAAGUGGAGUUGCAGGAUCUGAGGACAGAGAGCGCUGCUGAUGAGGUGCAGGACGAGUCUGGAGAAGAUGAAGAUCAGGAUGAACACACAAAGCUGUCAGAGAUUGCGGAGCUUAAAGAAGCUGUAGCCCUACGUGUAGAGGAGAAGCGAGAUAUUGAGGCCGCUAUCGCUUCGUUGCAGAGGAAAAAGGCGAGACGCAGUGCGGAGAUAGCAGAGAAAAAGAAGCAGCAGCAUGAGCAAAGUGUGGACGUUCAUGCGGACGCUGCUGCGGCGGCAAGAGAACAAGUAUUGAGAGAGCUGAGGGAGGAGAAGGAAAUGCUGCAACGAGAGAUCAUUGAGGCCGACGAGAUGGAGGAAAAGCUGGACGAGAAUGUCCGCGACCUACCUGCUUUGAAGGAAGAGGUGGUGGAGGUGAAGAAAGAGAGGUCGCAAGUGCAGACACGUGUGGACUCAUUGAGAUUGGAGCUGGCUCGACAGAAGAGGAAGAUGCGGCACAUGGUUGACGUGCAGCUCUUGACAGCGCGAGAUACUAAUCCGCCGACGCUGCGCGAAGAAGCGGUGUUGCUGCACUUGUUGUUUGAACACGAAGGAGAGAUGGGAGUGAAUGAGCUGAAGCAGGAAGCCAGCGAAGUGCUUAAGGACCACGGCAAGCCAAAUGGCAAUGGGGUAGUGAUCCGUGCGCUUUACUCGCUGGUGGCGAAUGGUUUGGUGCAGAUUGAUCGGUCGUACGGAAAUGGUCUUGUCACUUUGCUGCUGGUCUGA